AUGAGCCUUAAGUCUGAACGCAGAGGGAUUCAUGUGGACCAGUCUGAGCUCCUAUGCAAGAAAGGAUGUGGUUAUUAUGGCAACUCAGCUUGGCAGGGCUUCUGCUCCAAGUGCUGGAGGGAAGAAUAUCAGAAGGCCCGGCAGCGGCAGAUUCAGGAGGACUGGGAGCUGGCCGAAAGGCUCCAAAGGGAAGAAGAAGAAGCCUUUGCUAGCAGUCAGAGCAGCCAAGGGGCCCAAUCCCUCACUUUUUCCAAAUUUGAGGGAAAGAAAACCAAUGAGAAGAGUCGCAAGGUGACAACAGUGAAGAAAUUCUUUAGUGCUUCUUCCCGAGGUGGCCCCAAGAAGGUGGCUCAAGAGAAAACUCUUAAGCAAGGACAGCUUGGGAGGGAGCGAAACACUGAUAACCUGCUCAGGGAUUUGAAGGAGAUUUUUGCUCCUGCCUGGGAGCUGGCUUCGCCUUCUGAAGAGAUUCAAGAGGCAAAAGCCGCAAGCCCUUCCAUUAACCGACAGGCCAGCCUGGAGACGGACAGGGUGUCCAAGGAGUUCAUAGAAUUUCUCAAGACCUUCCACAAAACAGGCCAAGAGAUCUAUAAGCAGACUAAGAUCUUUUUGGAAGCUAUGCAUCACAAAAGGGAAUUGAGUAUUGAGGAGCAGUCGGAGUGCACUCAAGAUUUUUACCAGAAUGUGGCCGAGAGACUCCAGACCCGGGGGAAAGUGCCCCCAGAGAAGAUGGAGAAAGCAAUGGACCAGAUUGAGAAAUAUAUCAUGACACGCCUGUAUAAGUAUGUGUUUUGUCCAGAAACUACUGACGAUGAGAAGAAGGAUCUUGCUGUUCAAAAGCGGAUCAGAGCCUUGCACUGGGUCACUCCACAGAUGCUUUGUGUUCCUGUUAAUGAAGAAAUCCCAGAAGUCUCAGAUAUGGUGGUGAAAGCAAUUACAGACAUUAUCGAGAUGGACUCUAAGCGUGUUCCUCGGGACAAGCUGGCCUGCAUCACCAAAUGUAGCAAACACAUCUUCAAUGCUAUCAAGAUCACCAAGAAUGAGCCAGCAUCUGCCGACGACUUCUUGCCCACCCUCAUCUACAUCGUUCUGAAGGGCAACCCCCCACGCCUUCAGUCGAAUAUCCAGUAUAUCACCCGAUUCUGUAACCCAAGCCGCCUGAUGACUGGAGAGGAUGGCUACUACUUUACCAACUUGUGCUGUGCAGUGGCUUUCAUUGAGAAACUGGAUGCCCAGUCUUUGAAUUUAAGUCAAGAAGAUUUCGAUCGCUACAUGUCUGGCCAGAGCUCUCCCAAGAAGCCCGAGUCCGAGCCCUGGGCUCCAGAUGCCUGCCUCGGGGUGCAGCAGAUGUACAAAAACUUGGAUCUUCUCUCUCAACUGAACGAGCGGCAGGAAAGGCUCAUGAGCCAAGCCAAGAAGCUUGAAAAAGACCUCAUCGACUGGACAGAUGGAAUUGCUAAGGAAGUUCAAGAUAUCGUGGAGAAGUAUCCCCUGGAAAUCAAGCCCCCCAGCCAGCCCUUAGCAGCGAUUGACUCUGAAAAUGUCGAAAAUGACAAACUCCCCCCACCCUUGCAACCCCAGGUCUAUGCGGGAUGAUAAGCCCCGACGGGGAAGGAUUGGCUGGGACCUAGGCCCGAGUUAGGCUGUAUUACUCACUUCCUGCUGAUCGGAAGCCAGCGUAGAAAGACCUACUUAGAAGGAAGGGUGAAAGAAGUACGUUUCUCAAGGUACAGUUGGGGGAGGGUUAAUGUGUAAUAAAUACUAUUUAUUUUAGUUAUUGAAGUAGGUUCCUAGGAGGCUUUGGUGUGUUUUUUUUAACUGAACCUGCCUUUUCUACACAAAGCCACUGUCAUUUUUAAGAAACACUAGCGUCAUUAACAGGUUUUCCUCAUGCUUCCUCCCGGGCAUGCACUGUGGUUUGGUUUGGGUUCAAUCAUUACUUUCCAUGUAAGAAGACUAGUGAAGGUCAUGUGUGUUCAAGAGGGAACUUAAUGGUACUGCUGUCCCCAGGUUUGCGAUGACUCUGUAAUUACAAAGAUGGAAACUAUUGAGGAGUCAAUAUGUAGAAUUGUAAAUAUGUAAAGAAAAUCGGUAUUCUGCUGCGCAUGGCAACGUGUGAGUUUUUGUUUUUGGUGAAAAAUGAUCUUUGACUGUCUGCCUUUUGAAUGGUUUUUGGUGAGCCCUUUAAAACGAAGCUGGCAGAACGGAGAGGUUUGGCCGUCCAAGGUGGGUCCGUUUGGGUCCUGCACUGACCUUGCUCUUCUGCAAACCCAGACUAGACCGUAUCGAGGCAGCGAUUUCCUUCAUGUCCUGCCUGUCACUGUUUAGUACGCAGCCGCUGAACACCGACCCGCUCUGCGGCCCCUGAACCACUUAGGUGAGCCCGUCUUGGAAUGCGUUUCCCUUGCUCAGGGCAGCUGAGAAGUGGAGGCAACUGGCCCAGGGCUUGGGUUGCUGUGAAUAAAGAACAGGGAAUGAUGUGCAGAUGGGGAUGGUCAGGGGAAAGUAGUGCUGUCAGGGGGAUGUUUGGCCCCGGGGCCAAAGCGGUGGUGGGCUCUGCCUGCCUGCAGGGAACACAUUCCAUUGUCAGAACUGUUUGGCCAUGCCCGGCAUUUGGGCCUGAGCAGGAUAGAGCAGGCCUGCACGCCCUGCUCUGUGAAAGAGAAAGCAAAGCCCUCACCCUCCGUGCCGCCAACUGGCACUCAUCACAGAUGGUACAUUCUGGGCACCGUGUGUCUUCACCUGACAGUUUGCUGUUUUCUGAAACUCUGUGAGGCCCCCCACAGGAUGGAGGCAAGUAUUCCAGGGGAAUGUUUUCUAACUUUUAAGGGUAAAUCUCACCCGAACUUACCUGUGUACUUAUCCGUCUCCCAUGCUUCCCCCAUUUCCCCAUCAGUUAACGGUGACUCCCUUGUUCUCCCACAAACCCUCUCAGUGGUAGAGUUUGCUCAGCAGUGAUUUCAGACCCCAAUCGGGGUGCAGCUGUUCCUCCCACCCCACAAACACACUUUAUUUACUCGUAUGACCUGCCAGGCUGUGCACAGCUUGUCCCAACAAGGACUGCUCCCCGUGAGUGCUGGGAAGAAGCAGGUGACUCAGGGGCCGGUCAGCAAGGCCACCUGAGGGGGCUCGUUCCUGCCACUGCUCUUAGGUAAUCCAUGACCCCGAUCACUCUUCUUUUCCUUUGGGCUGUUCAUUUCCUCUGCAGUCUCUAAGGUGCUAAUCCAGGUACACGCAACAGUGUCUCACUUGCCCAUAAAUGUACACAUUUCUUCUGGCUGUAUACUGCUUCUGUGGAAUAAAGAUCUGUCCAUCACCCUCUC